GGGCGGAGCUAUGCGACUGGGCUGGGCUUAGUUUGACAGGAAAAGUGUGUGGUCAGAAUUCUAGAACACGAGUGAUCGGAGGUCAGGUGCGGGAAAAAGCGCGUGUGUGGAGCCGCAGGGUUUCCUCUUCUCUAAAACAAUGGACGUUUUAAUAUACCUGGCCAGUGUCCUGGUGCUGUUGUUACUGUGGAUCAGAGCAAAGGGCUUUGAGUACAUCAUUGUCCACCAUAGAUGGGUCUUCGUUUGCCUCUUCUUGCUUCCUCUCUCGGUUGUCUUUGAUGUAUAUUACUACCUGCGAGCGUGGCUGGUGUUUAAGAUGUGCAGCGCUCCCAAACUACAUGACCGCCGGGUAAAGGAAAUUCAGGACCAGGUGCGUCGGUGGAAGGAUGAUGGAAGUAAAAACUUCAUGUGCACUGGUAGACCGGGCUGGCUAACAGUGUCACUUCGGGUUGGGAAAUACAAGGACACACAUAAGAACAUAAUGAUCAAUCUUAUGGAUAUUUUAGAGGUUGACACCAAGAGGCAGGUUGUCCGUCUUGAACCAUUGGUGAAUAUGGGUCAGGUGACUGCCUUGCUUAAUUCUAUUGGCUGGACUCUCCCGGUGGUGCCUGAGCUUGAUGAUUUGACAGUAGGUGGUCUGAUUAUGGGAACAGGAAUUGAAUCUUCAUCCCAUCAUUUUGGACUCUUCCAGCACAUCUGCUUGGCCUAUGAGCUUGUCCUUGCAGAUGGAAGCCUUGUGCGGUGUACACCAACAGAAAACUCCGACCUCUUCUACGCCGUCCCCUGGUCCUGUGGAACUCUGGGGUUCUUGGUUGCUGCGGAAAUAAAGAUAGUCCCAGCUAAGAAGUAUGUGAAGCUGCAGUAUACUCCCGUGAGAGGGUUGGAGAAGAUCUGCGAGAAGUUUGCCAUGGAGUCCAAGAAAAAAGAGAAUUAUUUUGUAGAAGGUUUGGCUUACUCAUCUGAUGAGGCAGUGAUAAUGACCGGAGUCCUAACUGAUGAGCCUCAGCCCGACCAGAUAAAUAAUAUUGGAAGUUAUUGGAAGCCUUGGUUUUUCCAACAUGUGAAGUCUUAUUUGAAGAAUAACCGAAGUGGAACAGAGUACAUCCCCCUACGGCAUUACUAUCACAGACACACACGGAGUAUCUUCUGGGAGUUGCAGGAUAUAAUUCCCUUUGGCAAUCACCCAGUGUUCCGUUACCUGUUUGGUUGGAUGGUUCCUCCAAAAAUCUCCUUAUUAAAACUCACCCAGGGUGAGACCAUUCGAAGGCUAUAUGAGCAGCACCAUGUGGUGCAGGAUAUGCUCGUUCCCAUGAAAUGCUUACAAAAAUCCAUCACUGCUUUCCACAAGGAGAUUAACGUUUAUCCACUUUGGCUUUGCCCUUUCAUAUUACCAAGUCAGCCGGGCAUGGUACACCCCAAGGGUAAUGAGGCAGAGCUCUAUGUAGAUAUUGGAGCAUAUGGGGAACCCAAAACGAAACACUUUGAUGCCAAAGCUUCUAUGCGCCAGUUAGAAAAGUUUGUCAGAGAUGUGCAUGGCUUCCAGAUGCUGUACGCAGACUGCUACAUGACGCGUGAGGAAUUCUGGGAGAUGUUUGAUGCCUCUUUGUAUCAGAAGCUGCGAGAGAAACUGAACUGCAAAAACGCUUUUCCAGAGGUGUAUAGUAAAAUAUGCAAAGCUGCACGUCAUUGAUAGCAACAGACGUAAGCUACAGAAAUGGACUGUAUACAGGACCUUUACUACUACAAGCCUUUUUCUAGCUGUCUGUGUGACCACUGAUGCAUAUACUCUAUAGAAGUUGCACCUAAUACAACCAUGUGCAAUUAUACCUGGACAGUGCAACCAGUUGUCCAAUGCCGAUGAUCUAUAGGACCCAUGUACAGUAAUUAAGACACAGUAAUUUUGAUAAGAUUCAGAAAUGAAAACAGAAUUUCUUCAAGUCUGAAUGUUUGUUUUUUAUUCUUGGAAAUGUGAAGCCAAAUAAUGGUAAUGUUUGUAUACUGAGAAGUGCCAACAAGCGUAAUGGUUUAAUUCAAUUCCUUGUUUGUUUGUGUAUAUUUUAUUAUGUCGUAAUAAAUAUUGGGUGGUGUGUAGCCACCUGGGACUAUGAAA